CGUCUAGCCUCGGAGGCCCCCAGGCGUGGAGCUGCGAAGCCAUCGUUAGCGUCUGGCGCUUCUUGAGCUCUGGUGGGCGAGGAUCUGCGUGUUUCCUCCAGCGGGGGAGGACGCACAGCGGAGGCGGAGGCCGAGGCAGCUUCGGGCCUUAGGCCCGGCCGCCGGGGACUGGGGAGACGCGCCCAGCAUUCGCCAUCCCGGGCGCGUGCGGUCCUCUUGGGACCUCGCCGGCGACCCGUAGCUCGGGCACGCGCUUGUCGCAGCCCGCAGGAAGGAGGGGUCCGGCCUGAGGCCCCGGGCGGCGGCCGCCAUGGAGAUCGCCUCGGCCCAGGGCCGGCGCAUGGGGCCUCGGGGGCGGCCCUGACCGCCCUCCUCCCUGCCCGGGCCGGGUCGCGGACGUGCCCCCUGCGGCAUUCGGCCACCUCUGCGUCUCCGCCCUCCCCGGGCCGCGCUGCUGCCUGGGCGCGGCGGCGGCGAAGGCGCCCUGUUGAAUGGGCUGUGGGGGCCCAGGUUUGAAGCGCUGGCGAACGCGGCCUCCGGGGGCGCAAGGCAGCAGCAGCGGUGGCGACCAAACGGGUGUUGGAGUUGGCGGCGGCCAUGGAGGGCCUGGCUGGCUAUGUAUACAAGGCGGCCAGCGAGGGCAAGGUGCUGACCCUGGCCGCCUUGCUUCUCAACCGGUCUGAAAGCGACAUCCGCUAUCUGCUGGGCUAUGUCAGCCAGCAGGGAGGGCAGCGCUCCACGCCCCUCAUCAUCGCAGCCCGCAAUGGGCACGCCAAGGUGGUGCGUUUGCUGUUAGAACAUUACCGGGUGCAGACUCAGCAGACUGGCACCGUCCGCUUCGACGGGUAUGUCAUUGACGGUGCCACCGCUCUUUGGUGUGCAGCAGGAGCCGGACAUUUUGAAGUUGUUAAACUUCUAGUCAGCCAUGGAGCCAACGUGAACCACACCACAGUGACUAACUCGACCCCGCUGCGGGCGGCGUGCUUUGAUGGCAGACUGGACAUUGUGAAAUACUUGGUUGAAAAUAAUGCCAACAUCAGCAUCGCUAACAAGUACGACAACACCUGCCUGAUGAUUGCAGCGUAUAAGGGACACACGGACGUGGUCAGGUACCUUUUAGAACAACGUGCUGAUCCCAAUGCUAAAGCACAUUGUGGAGCCACAGCGCUGCACUUCGCAGCUGAAGCCGGGCACAUAGAUAUCGUGAAGGAGCUGAUAAAAUGGCGCGCUGCUAUAGUCGUCAAUGGCCACGGGAUGACGCCCUUAAAAGUAGCCGCCGAAAGCUGUAAAGCUGAUGUCGUCGAACUGCUGCUCUCUCAUGCUGACUGUGACCGAAGAAGUCGCAUUGAAGCUUUGGAACUCUUGGGUGCCUCCUUUGCAAAUGACCGCGAGAACUAUGACAUCAUGAAGACGUACCACUACUUGUAUUUAGCCAUGCUGGAGAGGUUUCAGGAUGGUGGUAACAUCCUGGAGAAAGACGUUCUCCCACCGAUCCACGCUUACGGGAAUAGAACUGAAUGUAGAAAUCCUCAGGAACUGGAAUCCAUUCGGCAAGACAGAGAUGCCCUUCAUAUGGAAGGCCUUAUAGUUCGGGAACGGAUUUUAGGUGCCGACAAUAUUGAUGUUUCCCAUCCCAUCAUUUACAGGGGAGCUGUUUAUGCGGAUAACAUGGAAUUUGAACAGUGUAUCAAGUUGUGGCUGCAUGCCCUGCACCUGAGACAGAAAGGGAACAGGAAUACCCACAAGGAUCUUCUUCGAUUUGCUCAAGUUUUUUCACAGAUGAUACAUUUGAAUGAAACUGUGAAGGCCCCAGACAUAGAAUGUGUUUUGAGAUGCAGCGUUUUGGAAAUAGAGCAGAGUAUGAACAGAGUAAAAAAUAUUCCAGAUGCUGAUGUCCACAAUGCCAUGGACAAUUAUGAAUGUAAUCUCUAUACUUUUCUGUAUUUAGUGUGCAUCUCCACCAAAACACAGUGCAGUGAAGAAGAUCAGUGCAAGAUUAAUAAGCAGAUCUACAACCUGAUUCACCUUGAUCCCAGAACUCGGGAAGGUUUCACCUUGUUGCAUCUAGCCGUCAACUCGAAUACCCCGGUUGAUGAUUUCCACACCAAUGAUGUCUGCAGCUUUCCAAAUGCGCUCGUCACAAAGCUGCUGCUGGACUGUGGUGCUGAGGUGAACGCUGUAGACAAUGAGGGCAACAGCGCCCUCCACAUUAUCGUUCAGUACAACAGGCCCAUCAGUGAUUUUUUAACCUUGCACUCUAUCAUCAUUAGCCUGGUCGAAGCUGGCGCUCACACUGACAUGACAAACAAACAGAAUAAGACUCCGCUAGACAAAAGUACCACUGGGGUAUCUGAAAUACUGCUUAAAACUCAAAUGAAAAUGAGUCUCAAGUGCCUGGCUGCCCGAGCGGUUCGGGCUAAUGACAUUAACUACCAAGACCAGAUCCCCAGAACGCUUGAAGAGUUUGUUGGAUUUCAUUAAGCGACUGGAUAUGUAAAAUCGUUUAAUGUGGUGCUAAAAAGUAAAGGACUUUAAUCACAGACAAUAGAAUUAUGUGUUCAUAAAUUCUACUUUUCUUUCCACUACCCUUCCUCCCUCCGCAUCCUUCCUUAGUUCUGUAUUUGGUCUUUCUGCCUCAUAACGGUUAUUGAUUUCAAAUACACUUUAAACAAA